CCAUCAACUCCCCCACACAUAAUUUAACUGAUUAAAUUUAAGAUUAAAAGACAAGGGUUCUUUUUCUUUUUCUUAGUUUCCUGCAAUUUUUCCCCCUCAAAAGAAGAGUUAACCAUAGAUAGAUUCAAAAGUGAAACAGCAAGAUCUUUGAACAGGAAAAGAAGUUUCAUUCAUUAGUUCCUACAUUUUGAUUUUUUUUUUUUUAAAUUCUCUCUAUCGUCCCUUCUGUCGUAGCCGAGACACGAUGAAUCUUCUGCGUCUAUUAUUUCCCAUGUGGGCAUGUUCCUUCUCUUUGUUUUCACUCUUAAUUCAUGCCCGACCACAGUCAACUGUUCCCUUCACAUCCGCUUCUGUUCUUCCUUCUGAACAAGAGCCCAUUUCUCAGUUUUCUUCACAGAUGGAAGCUGUUUCUCCAGCAGGGGUGGCUGUUGUUCGAGUAGUGCACCACCAGGAUCUAAACAAGAGAAUUCUUAUAGCUCUAAUUGUUGCCUCCACUCUCCUUGCCGGAAUAUUGCUCUUUUUGUCAUGUUUCUGGAUAUGUAGACAGAAAAUCUUGAACAACUCCAAUGGGAAAAGCAAACAAAAAAACUUAGAACCUACAAAAGCAAUUUCAUUGAGUCCAAUUGUGGAUCGUUUUAAUUCCUUAUGGAUGGCUGGGAAAAAGGGAUCAGUAGCUGUCAUCGAGUAUCGGUUAUUGGAAGCUGCAACAAACGGUUUCGGAGAAAGUAAUGUUCUAGGUGAGGGCGGUCGGGGACGUGUCUAUAAAGCUCGCUUCGAUGACAAAUUUCUUGCUGCUGUGAAAAAAUUAGAUAAUGGAGGAGUGGAUGCUGAAAGGGAAUUCGAGAAUGAGGUGGACUGGCUGGUCAAAAUCCGGCAUCAGAAUAUUGUAUCACUCUUAGGUUACUGUAUCCAUGAUGAAACAAAGUUACUUGUAUAUGAAAUGAUGCAAAAUGGUUCUUUGGAGAGUCAGUUACACGGACCUUCUCAAGGAUCAGCUUUAACCUGGCAUUUACGAAUGAAAAUUGCAAUUGAUGUUGCUAGAGCGUUAGAGUAUCUUCACGAGAACUGCAAUCCACCAGUCGUCCAUAGAGAUAUAAAAUCGUCUAAUAUCCUUCUCGAUUCCAACUUCAAUGCUAAGCUAUCGGACUUUGGCCUUGCUGUGACUACUGGAUCUCAGAACAAAAACGUUAAGUUGUCCGGAACAUUGGGCUAUGUAGCUCCGGAGUACCUCUUAGAGGGUAAAUUGACCGAUAAAAGUGAUGUAUAUGCUUUCGGAGUUGUACUUCUGGAGCUGCUAAUCGGAAAGAAACCGCUAGAGAAAAUGUCCCCAACUCAGCACCAAUCUCUUGUUACAUGGGUCAUGCCUCAGCUUACCGACAGAUUGAAACUUCCGAAGUUAGUUGAUCCAGUAAUAAAAGAUACAAUGGAUUUAAAGCACUUAUAUCAGGUCGCUGCUGUUGCGGUGCUGUGCAUACAGCCCGAACCAAGUUAUAGGCCACUCAUAACUGAUGUCCUGCAUUCUAUCAUCCCUCUUGUACCGAUAGAACUCGGAGGUUCAUUAAGACUUACAUAGCCUGUCGGUGCCUCCUCUCUUCCACCUCUUUCGUGCCGAUUAUACAAAUUCUGAACUUGUGACCAUGAUGUCUUGAAUUUUGAUUUUGCAUCUACCCUUCUUUGCUACAACACUGCAUUUGGUAGACUAGUUUUCCCUCAUUCUUUUCCAAAUGAACCUUUUCUUCGAGGAUCUGAUGCAAUUUCAUCAUGCCAUGGACGUGUCUUUUUGGUGAUUUUCUGAUGUUGCAACGUAGAAUUUAUAUUCCAAAUACAGAUAUUUAACAUCAUCUGUGUAUUACUCUGAUCCUUGUACUAAAAAAAAACAGGGAAUAGAAAAUGAAAUUCUCGAUUAAGGAUGGCACUUAAUCGUUAAAACAUUAUUCAAUUUGAUCAA